UCCUCUCUGGUCCACUACACCGUCUCAGAUGAUCCUCUCCCCCGGCCAGACUCGUCUCCCUCCUCCGGCGGUUUAACGGUUCUUCAUCAUGCUAAACUCGACGUCGUGAUGUCCGUUCAUAUAGACGCAGCGGCCGAAAUGACCGUUAGGAAAAGAAGUGACCGUUAGGGAAGAAGUGACCGUUAGGAGAGAAGUGACCGUUAUGGACGUGUCAAAGAUGGUAGAUCGUGUUAUCUGUUUACACUCCGUCUGAACUCAACACAGAUGUGCAGGUCAAAACAGCAGGCUCCGAGGACGAAAUGAUGCCAUCAUCACCGCGGUGACAGCUUUGAGCGAAGCAGGGCCUGAUCAUGGGAGACAGAAGGAGGUCACCAUGUGCAGAAAUCUCUCCAAAUAUGCCCUCAUCUUCCUCUUCUUAGCACUGUCUGGCCUCAUCUUCCUGCUGCGCAACAUCCAGACGGUGGAGAACUGGAACUGCCACACUAUUUCAGCCCUCAACCAGCUCCAGAACAGGAUCCAAUCAUCCUUCAACCCAGUGAAUCUGCCUACUUUUUACCACAACCGCACCUUCUGCGCCCAUCUGGGCCAGAAACCUUCCCCUGAAGAUGAGCUGGAAGAGCGUUACCUGUUGGACUCUAUCGCCUGGCCCGAGCCUCCGCCUCACUCCGCACAGAUCAUCCUGCGCCAGACGAGCGACCCCGUGCACAGCCUGUUCGCCAUCCUCCCCACCGAGGGAGGAAGGGAGUGGCACGUGGGCGACCAGCUGGAAGUCCUCGUCCAAAUGCACGACUUCCAGGGUCGCCCCAAGCACUACGGUGGGGAUUUCCUUUUGGCCAGACUGCACACCCCAGAGCUCGGAGCAGGUGUAGCGGGUAAGGUGGUGGACCACAGAAAUGGAUUUUAUUCUGCUCUGUUCCCGCUCCUCUGGGAAGGGUCCGCACAGGUCGAGGUCACGCUGGUGCACUCGAGCGAGGCCGUGGCUGUGCUGCAACGUCUGAGGGAGGAAAGGCCGGAUCGGGUGUUUUUUAAGAGCCUGUUUCGCUUGGGCUUCCUGUCUGAAACCACUGUCUGCAACAUGUGCCUGCCCCCAGAUCAGCAUCAUCCUCUGUGCAACUACACAGACCUUUACACAGGCGAACCCUGGUACUGCUACAAGCCCAAGGUGCUCAGCUGUGACACCAGAAUCAACCACGCCAAAGGAGGCUACCUGAAACACCUCAUCACCAACAAAGAAGCAUUACUGUUCCAGAGCGGCGUAAACAUAAAAGUUCACAUACACGCUUCAGGAGCCGACAGAAUCAAUGUGCUGCCCCCCAGGAAAGAUAAAGUAGAGGUAGAAAGCAGCAGUAAUAAGCCAGAACCUAAUAAGCUAGCACCGUCUGGAUAUUACUACGAGGACUCAUGGAGGCCGUUAGGCGGCGUUACAAUGCGCCAGUUCAAUGAAUCAUCUGCCAUCGCUCAGUGUUUGAAGAACAAGGUGAUCAACAUGUACGGAGACUCCACCGUCAGGCAGUGGUUUGAGCACCUCAUUGCUUUUGUACCAGAGUUAAAGGAGUUCAACCUGCACAGUCCGAAGAAUGUUGGACCUUUCAUGGCGGUGGACAGCACCCAUAACAUUCUCCUGAGGUACCGUUGCCACGGUCCGCCCAUCCGCUUCUCCACCGUCAUGUCCAGCGAGUUGCGGUACAUUUCCAAUGAGCUGGACGGCCUCCCCGGGGGUCCCAACACCGUCGUGGUCCUCAGCAUUUGGGCCCAUUUCAGCACCUUUCCCGUGGAGGUGUACAUACGACGGCUCCGUCACAUCAGGCGGGCGCUGUUGCGACUCCUGGACCGAGCGCCCGGGACGAUCGUUGUGAUCCGCUCGGCCAACCUCCAAGCCCUGGACCAAGAGGUGAGCCUGUACAACAGCGACUGGUACUCCCUGCAGCUGGACGAGGUGCUCAGGGCCAUGUUCAAGGGACUAAACGUUCUGCUGGUGGACGCCUGGCAAAUGAGUUCAGCUCACCACCUUCCUCACGCCCUCCACCCACCUCCAGUCAUCGUCAAGAACAUGAUAGACAUGCUUUUGUCGUACGUUUGCCCGGAGAAGAAGAAGGGCCGGCAGCCAUGGAGGAAUCAUAAUUAAACUGAGUUUACUGCGUGAAUCCAUCAAAUUCCCAAAACUGAAGCAUCCUCCAAAGGUACACACCCUUUAAAUACAGACAUCUCAUACUCUAUGUUUACUUGCUUAUUACGGGGCGCCUGUGGCUCGGAGGUAGAGCGGGUCUUCCACCAAUAAGAAGAUCGGCGGUUCGAUCCCCUCCCGUCUGCAUGUCGAAGUGUCCUUGGGCAAGAUACUGAACCCCAAAUUGCUCCCGAAGGCCGUGCCAUCGGUGUGUGAAUGUGUACGAAUGGUUAGCUUCUCAAACCGAUGAGCAGUUAUAUAAGUAUUUACCAUUUUUAUUACAUUUACUUUGGCACGGUGAUUGUUCCUGCACCUGUUUUUGUUGCCAAAGUGUUCGAUUUGUUUCGGUGUGAACUUUCAUUACAUUUGUUUAUUAGUUUUGCCAAAGCUGAAAACUCAAUGUGAUUUUCCUCAGGCUGUUCAGUGUUAACACAGUGUUUAAAGAUGUGUUCUUACCACAUGCUGACCGCAGGUACUAGUACGUACCUGGACUUGUCUGGAUCCACACCUUUGAAUCCACCCACUCGGCUUUUGCAAUACUCUCUAACAUGAGGCAGCACAUUGGACUACAUUGUUCAAACACAUCCACACGUGUGCCAAAUGUCGUUUUAACUCACCAAAUCACCGCAAAAGUCAAGACAUAGCAGGUCCAACCAACUUCGUGACAAUGGAGAAACCUUCUCGUGGUCGUCUGCUGCAACAUGAGUUUAGAUAGUUAGUGUGCUUCAUAGUGCAAAGCACAAGGCACACCUUGUUCACCAUACUUCUUCUUAUUCUUCUGUAUGUUUUUCAGUGUGCUACUCCUCGGGCAGUUACAAAAAGCGUAUCGAAGCAUUUCAACCAAACAGUUUUCGAGAAAAUCGCCAAAAAGCAGCAGAUAAACUGCUCCCAUGGCCACAUAUUUCACUCUACAGUCACAAAUUUAACAUCAAAAUGUAAGAACAUUUGUGCUGGUCGCUCAGAUAAAACGUCCCAACUGCCUCAUUUACUCCCACAUUCACCAAGAGCAGAGAUUUCCGGAGGACUUCUUUCCCCCACCCUAUUGCGGAACGUAUCAUUCGUAUGCGCUACAAAGAGAAAACGUGCCUAUCUGUGUAAUUCUGUCUGUCGCUGACGACGAUCAGAGGCUCACUCGUGACCUAUAAGA